UUAAAAUAAAAGUCGAUAAUACAACCUAACCUGUUAAGAAAACAAACUACUGUUAACUUGCGCUAACUGCGUUAUUUCAACACGUGUGGGUAUUUCUGGUUGUUCGAAAAUGAGCGACGCAGACAUUCCACCUCUAGAGGACAUCUGUGAUGGUGCCACAGCAAUGCAGGAUAAUGAUGAUUCUGAUGGUUGGGAUGAAAUGGAAAGUGCUGCAGAACAGACAACAUGCUUAUUCUGCCCUUUGCAAUUUCGUACAAUUGCAGUAGCAAUGGAUCAUUGCAGAUCCCUUCAUGAUUUUGAUCCAUUAGAUCUUAAAACCAAGUAUAACAUGGACAUUUACUCCUUCAUUAAGAUGAUAAAUUAUAUUAGAAAACAUCAACCUGAACCAUACACAUUGAUGCAAUUUGAAGUUGCACCAUGGAACAGUGAUGAAUAUUUAAAACCAAAUGAAACUGAGACUUGGUUAAUGUUUGAUUUUGAUGAUUUGGGUAGUGCUCCUUCCACUCCACAUUAUGCCAUAGAUGGAAAAAGUCCCAUCUCACUUUCUUAUGCCCAUUUACAACAACAAGUUCAUGAUUUAUCAACAGAGAUAAAGCAUAAAAAUAUGCUUUUGGAUAAUGCUUUGAGUGAUAUCUCAAGAAUGAAAGAGAUCACAAAGAAUAUAGUUGAACAUGGUGAUGAAAACUAUCAAGCACCAAAGUGUGUUAGUCAUGUUCCAGUAGGAAAUGAUAGUGAAUAUUUCAAUUCCUAUGCUCAUUAUGAUAUCCAUUUAGAGAUGCUUAGUGACACAAUCCGCACUGAAAGUUAUAGAGACGCCAUCUUAAAAAACACAAACACAUUUAACAAUAAAUUGGUGUUAGAUGUUGGUUGCGGUACGAGUAUAUUAUCCAUGUUUGCCGCUACAGCAGGCGCCCAAAAAGUCUACGGAAUUGAUCUCUCUGAUGUUGUAUUCAAAGCAAUGGACAUUGUCAGGCUAAACAACUUACACGACAAAAUUGAACUACUGCAUGGACGAUUAGAAGACACCAAGCUACCCGUGGAUAAAGUUGAUAUUAUUAUAUCGGAAUGGAUGGGAUACUUUUUAUUAUUCGAGGGCAUGCUGGAUAGUGUAAUAUACGCGCGAGACAACCACCUCAAACCGAACGGUAUUAUAUUACCAAAUCGCUGUAACAUUCAAAUCACAGCAUGUUCCGACAAAGAACGGUACGACCAGAUAAUAAACUACUGGGAUGACGUUUAUGGAUUUAAAAUGCAUUGUAUGAAAUCAGAUGUAAUCUCCGAAGCGGUUGUAGAGGUUGUGCCCGAUGAGCGAAUUGUUGCCAACUCUGCCAUUUUGACCGAAAUUGAUAUUAAUACAUGCACCACAGGCACACCGGACUUUACAGCUCCAUUUGAAUUAGAAAUAACAAAAGACUGUACUGUCACUGGAUUAGUUGGAUAUUUCGAUACAUUCUUUGAUUUAGAAGUGCCAGUAAUGUUCUCAACCGGCCCGAAAACCAAGAAAACACAUUGGAAACAAACUGUGUUUUAUUUGCCAAAAGUUCUAGACAUGCAACAAGGAGAUACAUUAAAAGGUACUCUGAUUUGCAAAAGGAAACCAACAAACGUGCGAGGAUUAUCCGUAACCAUACACAUAGGUACUGACAAAUACGACUACAACAUUGAUUAACUUUAUAUUUUAAUUAAAGUAUAAAAAAUAUUGUCAUUAUGAUGUAAUCUUUUCGAAUAAAAGAACAUUAAAAAUUAAAUAAACAAAA